AUGGAUCCCGAAGCAUUCUUGGAUUUGGCCAACCAGGUCAUAAAAUUAAAAAUGUAUCCAUAUUUUGAUGUGGCACAUUCUUUAUUAUGUGCUCUAGCAGUGAGAGAAGAUUUAGGAUCUGGCGCGCAGGCUUUCUCUCGUAAACAUCCUUUAGCGUGUUGGCUGUCUACUAUGCUGGUGAUCUUCGCGGGCGGCAUGGUGGCCAACGGCUUGCUCGGGGAGCCCAUUCUUGCCCCGUUGAAGAACACGCCACAGCUGCUUAUUGGAACCGUUACGUGGUACAUUGUGUUUUACACUCCAUUCGAUGUCGGAUAUAAAGUGGCCAAGUUCCUACCGGUGAAGAUAGCUGCGUCCGCUAUGAAAGAAAUCUACCGUGCUAAGAAAGUCUACGACGGUGUCAGUCACGCGGGCAAACUGUAUCCUAACGCCUACAUAAUUAUGAUUAUUAUUGGAACAAUUAAAGGUAAUGGCGCCGGCUUCACAAAACUGGUGGAGCGUCUUGUACGCGGCGCAUGGACUCCUACCGCGAUGGAAACUAUGCAGCCAACCUUCUACACGAAGGCGUCACUAGUAGCGUCGGUGAUUUUCGUGCUGGACAAGAAGACGGAUUUGAUCUCUGCGCCACACGCCCUCGUGUACUUCGGCAUUGUCAUUUUCUUUGUCUACUUCAAGUUGUCAUCAAUUUUGCUGGGUAUCCAUGAUCCCUUCGUUCCGUUCGAGAACUUGUUCUGCGCUCUGUUCCUCGGAGCGCACAUUUCACAUCGCAGAACACUGCACUACGUUAUCAAUUGA